AUGCCGACGGUGGCGGUGAAGCUCUACAGCGUCUUCUUCAAGCUCCUUCUGAAGCGCCGGCUGCAGACUUGGAUCCAGAGUCCAGACGCCGCAGCCGCUGGGGGAUCUAAUUCCUUCGGGGUCUCCUGCCGUCCCGAGGAGGCGGUGGCCGCGGCGAAUCCCACCUUCUCAUCACUGGACGGCGUGGCGACAAAGGAUAUCCACAUCGACCCUCUUACGUCCCUCUCUAUCCGCAUCUUCCUUCCCGAAUCCGUCCUCCUAUCGAAUCCCUCCGCCGCCGCAGGUGCGAUCGGUGAUUCCGACCAUCAUCAUCGCCAUCCGCCUCCGCGGCCUCCACGGGGAGUUAGAUCGGCCUCUGAUCCGGAGGACAACGGUAUCGCCGAAGGCCCUCGCCGUUCCAGAUUCAACAACGUUCCUCGCCGAAGCAGCUACGGUGGCAACGGCGUCGUCCCGACUAGCAGUUCCCCUGAACUACGCCGGAGAAGCUAUGAUGGCUCUGGUUUGCAGCUAGAUGGAACCUACCGGGGUUACUUGCCAUCCAUGGAUGAGCAUGCAAAUGGCGCCACAGCGAACCACAGGGCGGGGCGGAGGUUGCCCGUGAUGCUACAGUUUCAUGGGGGAGCAUUCGUCUCCGGGAGCAAUGAUUCGGUUGCUAAUGAUUUCUUCUGUAGACGGAUCGCAAAGCUCUGCGAUAUGAUCGUGAUAGCUGUAGGGUACAGGUUGGCGCCGGAAAGCAAGUACCCAGCUGCGUUUGACGACGGCUUCAAGGUACUUAACUGGGUUGCGAAGCAGGCGAACCUGGCAGAAUGCAGUAAGUCAAUGGGAAAUGUGAGAGGCAGCGGGGGGGGAGGUACAGAGACAAGGAAAUUGGACUUGAACAGGCAUGUCGUUGAUGCUUUUGGGGCGUCGAUGGUGGAACCGUGGCUUGCUUCUCAUGGAGACCCGUCAAGGUUUUUCAUUUAUCCAUUACUUUUCAUUUUCUUCCUCUCUUUUUCGUGUUUGGUUGGAUCUUCUGAAUGACUUGGACAUGAGGUUAUGUGGAAGUAUAUUUCGUUGCAUUUCAACCUAUUUCUCUGAUUUGCCUUUUCCUUUCUUCUUUUGUGCUCUUGUUCGAUUGGAUUUGAGUUUUUUAGAACGUCAAGUAAAAAACUAACAUCAAAACAUCAGUUAUUAGAAGCAAUACAUAAUUUUAAUCUUGAGAUGCAAAACUGGAAUAUUAUACCAGCACGUGAACUUGGCUUACGGAAAAUAAAUAAUAAAUCAGUGUAGCUCCUUUAUUAUUGGGAGGUGCGGGUGUAAAUUCACACUGAGUACUGGCAAACAGAGUAGUUUAUGUAUUUUUGACGUGAUUGGUUACUAACUGAUAUAUCUUUUGUAUUGUUUGUGCUUUAUCGUCAUAACUUGUAUUCCUGUGGGUGAGGCUUUGAACAUGUUAAAUGUGUAGAAAUUACUGGUGCUAGAUUUUAUUUUAUUUUUUCUCCCAAAAUAGCUAAGGUGAUGCAACGUUAUGAUAUUUUCCUUUUCUAUCUCAAUUGGAAACGGAUGGGCCUUAUCUUUUUCCAUUCAAAUACCAUCUUCUGCAUAUAAACUUUUGCCAGUUCGGUAGCUUCUUGUUGCGAGAUCUCUUGGCCUGUUUCUCCAGAUUCAUAGGAUUUUGUCUUUCUCUGCCUCUUCCUCUGUUUAUCAUUUCGUCACUUUGACAGUUAACAGUCUGUUUCUUGACUGCCAUUUUGUGUGCUGCAACUGCAGACUUGGGUGUUGUAGUUUCUAAUGGUCAUAAAAUUGUGUGGGCUUGCGGAUUUGUGAAGAGUUAGAGCUACAGUAGGAUAGAGGCACCUAUUGGUAUCAAAUCUGAGAGUUUCUGUGGUGGGCUAAACUAUGCCCUUGGCUUUAAAACUUGGAAGAACAAGGGGACGAGACAAAUUAAGCAGUCUAGACAGGAAGUUGCUUAUUAUUCAAGUAGCUUUCCGAGCUUCUACCUUUAACAAAGUAUCUGGGUACCCAUGCAUGAGCAGCGGUGAGUGAUCCUUCACCAAAUACUGCACUUGUUUUUAACGACUUUUCUUCAAUCAUGCACACGUGAUAUUGGCCACAGUUAUGAGGGAUGAUUUCUUUUCAAUUCUUGGCCCACGCUUUUAAAUGCAGUUAAGCUUCAUAUGGACUUGAACAGAGUCUUGGCUUAGGACCACCUUGGUGCUUUGAAUGUUUUUUUGAAAGUAUGCUCACUAAAAAGAACAGGUUUGUAAAACUUUUACGGUUAAAAUACUUGAAAGGGAUUUAUUCUCAGCGGGACGCCAAAUUACUGCCCCAGAUCCUCUUUGAAUUCACAGUGGGCAGUUUCCCCAUAAAAAAGUUUGUAUGUAUGUUGGUAAACGAUUGUGUUUCUUCAAUUGAAGUGUUGGUUGAGGUUUUGAAAUUGGAUUUUUCUCCGCAAUUGCCAAGAUUUGGAGCACUUUGGGAUCCAGGCUCGACUAAUUUCAAGUCGGGAUAUAUUUCUUCUCCAGGAGAUAGAUUUAUUUGGAUAUUGACCUCUUCCCCAUCUGCCUCGUGUAGUGGCCACACUCCCUUGUCGAAUGCUGGCAUCCAGAUGCCCGUGGCCAUUAAAAAUAGUAAAUAUCAGCAAUUGCUUUAAUGACGGGGAGAAUGGUCUUGACAAAUUUUGAUGAUUACCUUAGUCGAGUGAGAUUGCUGAUAUAACCAAAGAAAAAUCCGAACCUGACCGGCCCUAUUUUGUAGCUUCUUAAUGACAGAUCCGAUCUGAACUUGAUUCAUGAUGUGCUUACAUUAGUUGGUGCGAGAUUAUUCAGUUUCUUUUUCUUUCCUGGCGCAUAUUUUGUGUAUAUUGCCUAUCAAAGGCUUAAUUUUCACCAAUAACAUUUUAAUACAACAUGUAUGCAAAGACUGAUCUCAGGUGUGAAAAAUGGAUUGUUAAAUAUUUCCCUUACUUUGUAUGAAAGCAAAUGUUUUUCCUUCUCUCUGUGGGGAUGUUUCAGUCUCAUUGUGCAUCAAUAACUCUGAAACAUACAUAAUUUUUUAUUUUACACGAAAAUUAGGAUCUUCGUGGUUCCUUUUUUAAAUAGUUCAUUGAUCGCAGGUGUUAAUUUUUCGUCACUAUUCCUCAAGUACUUAUUUGCCAAACAUUGAGUUCCAUGAUUUUGCACAUCUCUUUUUGGCUUGGGACUAAAAGCGGGAUUUGAAAGCAGGUGUGUUCUCUUGGGGGUGAGCUCUGGGGGCAACAUCGCAGAUUUUGUGGCACGGAAGGCUGUUGAAGCGGGUCAGCUGCUCGCCCCAGUGAAGGUGGUCGCACAGGUCCUGAUGUACCCUUUCUUCAUCGGGAGUGUCUCCACCCACUCGGAGAUCAAGCUCGCCAACUCCUACUUCUUUGACAAGUCCAUGUGCACGCUUGCCUGGAAGCUCUUCCUCCCCAAAGAGGAGUUUAGCCUGGACCACCCGGCCGCCAACCCGCUUGUCCCCGGCAGGGGCCCUCCUCUGAAGCGCAUGCCGCCCACGCUCACAGUCGUUGCCGAGCACGACUGGAUGAGGGACCGGGCCAUUGCCUACUCUGAGGAGCUCCGCAAGGUGAACGUUGACGCCCCCGUCCUCGACUACAAGGAUGCUGUCCACGAAUUCGCCACCCUUGACAUGCUCCUCAAGACGCCGCUGGCCCAGGCCUGUGUUGAGGACAUUGCCAUAUGGAUCAAGAAGUACAUAUCGAUCCGGGGCCACGAGUUCUCCUAUUAA